UAAUCUAAAACAACAUUCAGUACACAUUUAGGAGUCUUUUCACUUGACUGGCGCACAAUUUUAAAUAGAAAUGAAUCACUUUCUGGUUCUAACUGCGCUCUGUAUAGGAUUUUCAGCUGUUUGGGGCCUUGGCGAUGAAGACAUUAGAUGCGUGUCCUCCAGUUGCAAAGAUGUUGAAUGCGACGCAGUCCCAGACAGAUGCAAAAGCAACGAAACCAAUGCGGGAAUCUACAUGCUUUCGCCGGAUAUCUGCAAUUGCUGCGACUACUGCCUAGAGUACAUGGCCGAAGGUGAAGAGUGCAGUGUGGGCGAUCCAUCCAAUGCAAAACAUACGUCGCUGUGUGGACCCGGAUUGACUUGUGUGCCUGAUGAUGGCGAGACCGACGGAACUUGCCAAAAAAUGUCGACUAAUUGCGCUUUGGAACAACAAAGCUUCGAUUUGAGAAGACAAAAUGGGAAUUUGGGCGCAAUGGAGACGCGAGCAACAUGCGACGAUGACGGACUUUACGGCACCUACAAAUGUGUUCCUGGACAAAACUGCUUCUGCCUCCACUCAAACGGAUCACGCAUCUUCGGAGAAGCCAACUACAACACCAUUGCGGAUUACAUGUCUUGCGAGUGUUCCAGAGCUUAUUACGAUGCUGUGGACAUAAUGGGGCGCCAAUUGCAUCCGCAUGAACACUUCCGAUGCGAUUCCACAGGCAGUUACGAUCGGAUCCAGUGCAUCAAUGAGCAGUGUUUAUGUGUGGACGCGCUGGAUGGAGCCCCCACUUUCCCCAACAAUAAGCUCGUGGACCUGGAGGAUAUUAGCAAUGAAACAUUGUCCUGCUACUCCGACGAGGGUUCGCAGGGGCUCUACUACAAAAAGUGCGAAGAAGAGUACAUGAGCAUCCACAAGGAAAUUGAAGAAAAAAAGAAUGAGUCUGGAUACAGCUUGAUUCUGGGGUAUUCAUAUCCCUCGUGUGACUUGGAUGGCUCCUAUCAGGCCGUCCAGGAAAAUCAGACCCACAAAUACUGCGUGGAUAAGGAAGGAAGCGCCAUAACAACUCCGUUGGAAAAAGCCAGCACCACCUUAACCACCCUGAUAGAGAGCAUGGAUUGCAAAUGUGCCCGAUCAAAUCUACUGAUGACAACAGCAGAAAAGCCAGAUUGUCUGGAAAAUGGCAACUACAAUCCGGUACAAUGCCGAAGGAACAUUUGCCGAUGCGUGGACGUUGAUGGUAACCAAAAGUGCUCCGAUUCGACGACAGCGUGCGAAGAAGUCGAGGAAAGCAUGAAAGCGUCACUUAAAUGCACCUAGUUUGGCUAAAUAAAAACACAUUUUGAAAUCGUUCUAAUUCAUGAAUAAAUUCGCAGGAUAUUGCCAUA